CGAAGGCGGUUCCCACGCGGGUGAUUCGCCGGAUAACAGUGUAUCUGCGCUGCUUGAGAUACAAAUUUACGUAAAAUUCGGUGGCCAAUUGGAGUGCGCGUGCUGGCUUUAAAACGGUAGUUAAAAGUUUUGGGCCAUAAAACACAAUUAGAAGUGCAAACAAAAAGAAAAGCAAUUCUAUCCGAAUUAAAUUCAAACAGAGGACGUAUAGAAACGUGCUGCUGCCUUAAAGAUUUUAUUGGCCCUUUGUGUGUGUGCAAUUGCCUUGAUUGAUAACCGUUGACAGCGACUUUCGCACCCCCGCAAAAUAAAUUCCGCAAUUAUAUUAAAAGCCAAAAGCUGCCGGAAAGUGUGACCAAAGUGCGUUAGAAUUCAAUAAGUGAAGAGGAAGCAGAAGUCAGGGGACUCAUCCCCACUUUUUUGCGCCCUGCCAAGCGUGCAAAUUUACGGAAUUUUCAAUUAAAAUUACCACAUCAAUACAAUUACAAAGACGGUUGCAAAGUGCAAGUCAAGCAAUCAUAAUAAAGGAUUAAUUGAGCCUGAAGAAAUUUGCUCGACAUAAUUUCAAGAAGGUUGAAAUAUUUGUAUUGCAAUUAUUUAACUCUAGAAAGAACGAUGUUAUAAUUGCCAUCAGGCAGCCAGGCAAACAGACUCCCACUGGAGGACACUUCAUCUGCAGCCAGAGCCUCUUCAGUUGCCAAGAUGUGCAGCAACAAAUGGUGGUAACAUUUUCGGACCACAAACUGGACAACAAAUAAUUAUCGAGUCGAGAGGAAGCACCCACAAGGAGUGAACACAAAAUGUCUGACCACAAACAUGCCACCACAACAAGGAGCAGGCCAUGGCUAAGUGGAGCCAUUCCAGUGCUGCUCCUGCUCCUGAGCCUGGUGAUCCUGCCCCCGGAGUCCUCAGCCUUCUGCCCCUCGAAGUGCCAGUGCCUGGGUGGCGAGGCCAACAGUCGGGCGUUGUGCGUGGACGCCGCUCUGGAGGACAUGCCCAUCCAACUGAACCCGGAGACGAAGUACAUCAACCUCACGGUGAAUCGGAUACGUGACCUGGCAUUCUCGCUGCCUUUCUACGCGAAGCUGGAGAUCCUGGAUCUCUCGCAGAACAUCAUCGAAACGCUGGGCUCGAAGAACUUCGAGUACCAAUCGGAGCUGAGAACUUUGAACCUGAGCAGGAAUUUGGUCAGCUCCCUGCACAAACACGCCUUCAAGGGACUGACCAAUCUGCUGCUGCUGGAUCUCAGCUUCAAUCGCAUCGAGACAGUGCAUCCCACGGCCCUCAGUGAUCUGGCCUCUUUGGUGGAACUGGAUCUCACGAAUAAUAAUAUUGUCAGCUUGGAGGACAACUCCUUCAGGGGCAUGAGCACCCUGGAGGUUCUGGUAUUCCGGAACAAUCGGCUGCUGGACGUUCCGGCCAGCAAUCUGUGGCAUCUGCAUGCCCUCAAGAGCCUGGAUAUGUCCUUGAACCUCGUCGAGUUUGUGCGGAACGAUAGUUUCGAGGGCUUAAAGGAGCUUUUGGCCCUCAGUUUGCAGGGCAAUGUCAUGAGCGAACUGGACUUGAACGCCUUUGAGGGACUCAUCUCGCUGAAACAUCUCGAUCUGGCCGAUAAUAACCUAACGAUGGUGCCCACCCAGCAGCUCUCGAAACUUUCGAACCUCACCUAUUUGAACCUGGGGGGAAAUCGCUUUUCCCAGCUGCCCGCCGUCGCCUUUCUCAACUUGUUUCAUUUGCGCGAAUUGCAUUUGAGCCGACUCGACUAUUUGCAGCGCAUCGAUUCAAGAGCCUUCGUGGACAACACGCACCUGCAGACGCUGCACCUGAACAACAACCCGCAGCUGAGCGACAUCCCGAUGCGCCUGUUCCAGGGGAACCCCAACAUCCUGGAGGUCUACAUGCAGAGCAACAGCCUGCAGACGCUGUACUCGGCCCAGUUCCCAGUGGACCAGUUGCAGAAGCUGUACCUGGGGGACAAUCCGCUGCAGUGCAACUGCUCGCUGCUGUGGCUCUGGCGCCUGGUGACCGGGAACUUCGAGGGCGUGGAUCCGGGAGUGGAGCCCGCGGCCGGCGGAGCAGUGGCCGCUUUGGCCAAGGAGGCGGAUGAGCGGGAGGAGCAGGCGGACGAGGCCACCGCCGUGGCCUCCACCGAUGACGGAGUGUCGGCAUUGGCCGCCUACAUUGCCGAGCAGCACAUAGUCAAUGCCCUGCACACCACCGAACCCAGUGCCUACGAGCUGGCCACCUCGUCCUCGAACAGGAACUCGGGCAUCCUGCGGAUGGACCGCCAGCAGAUCGGCUGCGACAUCUGGCGGGACAAGGUGCGCACGAGGCGGCAGUUGCUGGCGAUGAGCGAGGGCGAGAUCACCUGCCCCGCCCACAUUGUCACCGUGGUUUGUGCCGUGAUCACCUGCCUCCUGGUGGCCAUGAUCGGCGUGAGUGUGCUCUACUACCUGAGGUUUGUCAAGCGGCGGAGGAAGCUGCUCCACGAGCGUGGUCCUUUGAGGACCAGCAAGAGCAUCAUCAAUGUGCACGACCGCAUCCUGCAGGGUCACAAUCCCGGAGGAAUGGGCCUGGGCAUGGGCAUGGGCAUGAGCAUGACCCUGGGCGGCGGCAACCAUGUGAACGGCCUGGGCAUGUCCCUCAACUAUCCGCAUCAUGCCCAGACGCUGCAGGCCCACCACCACUACCAUCAGGCCACCAUGCCACUGCAGUCCCAUGGAGGAAAUGGAGGCCACGACUACCAGCAGACGACCUUGCCCCAACUGGACAAACUGGAGUUGGAGCGGUAUCUGGCGGCACAGAGCAUAGCCAAUGAGUACCGGGCUUUGAAGCCAUGGGAACUGCCUGUUAAGGAGGCGGAUGACGAGCCGGAGCAUCUGUAUGAGCGGUUCGAUCACUACGAGUAUCCGGACACCCACACCAUGAGCAAGCUGAAACAGGCGGCGGCCUUGAACCACAACUCCACCCCCUCGGCCGGCCCCUCCCCCGUUCCCCCGUCGGGAAAGCCGCACGUGGUCUACGUAUGACGUGGGCGUGGCAAGGGCGAGCGGGGAUCCCAGUUGAAUGCGGACAUGGAAAUGGUCACGAUGAACCACCACCACCACCACAAUAAUAACAACAACUAUCGGGGCUGUGUACAGAGCGCCAAGGCCAGUGGUCAGUUCUGAGUUGGAUAAUUCGAGGGGGUUACUCAUCCAAAAACAGGGAAAGUGAGAGGUUAGGCUUAAGGCGAAAUUAAGGGAGGAUGAAGGCACAAAUCUUGGGAUCUUUAGCAGGAAAUUUCGAUGGGGGAUUGGCAAACUAUUGAAAAGCUAAGUAACAAAUGAAUACCAAAAAAUAAAGAUUUCAUUUAACUAAAUAGCUCUUAAAUCAUAAACCCCAAAUCAUCGAAAUUAUCUGCUAAAAACUCUCUUUGUGUUCAAAGUUGGAUUAUUUUUUUUUCGAGUAAAAACAACAAAGUUUAACAAGCGUCAAAUGAAACAAGGGAUAUGUCUACGUGUAAAGCAAACAUACAAAUACUCUUAAUGACCUACGGAUAACAGAUAUAUUAGAUAUGUAUACUAACCGCUAAACUAAGAGAAGAAUACGAUUUCAAAGAAACCUUUUUGCUGGCCCCAAACUAAGCUAAGCUGCAUUCAAAUCUCACUCACUUUUCUCUCCCACUCAUAGUUAAAAUGGCAUUUAGCAUUCGAAUACUCUAGAUAGCGUUUAGUAAGUAAGCAACUUACAAGUGAAUUUAAAUAUAUAUAUAUGAAUAUAUAUUAGGUAUAACGAUGAGGGAGGGUGCAAGCUAAAGGAGUUUAUUUGAUUUUCUUAAUUCGAUUAACGAAAUUACUGGGCAUGUCUUCAGCGAUUGGGUUAGAUGGGGAAAAAGACAACGACUUUGGCAGGCAAAUAACCUAAUGGGGACCAAAUAGUCCAGUCCAGUCCAGCCUAGAACUAACUGAAUGAAUCCAACUGCCAAAGGGGUCCUUUUCAAGUCCAUUCAAGACCCGCUGAAACGUGUUCUCAAGUUUCCUAACUUUAGCAAACAUCUCGAAUGACAAUAUACAAAACAUUAAGCGGAAAACUAAAAAAUUAAAUUAUAACACCUAUAUUAACGUAUCUUAGUGAGCCAGAACUCAAAGUUGAAAUAAUAAUAAAUAUAAUUUGUAAAUAUCCCUUAAUAUUGAAGCACUCAGAAAAGUGUUCGUACGUUUACUGUAAAUAAUUUAUGGAAUGCAUUUAAAAACAUUAGUCAAGUGCAUAAAUUAUUGAUUUAAGCAUAAAUGAUUUCCAAAAAGCAAUA